AUGGCGAGCAAACGACCCUUCCAGAUCCUCGCCAUGCCGCUCGUGCGCAUCCCCCACGGCCCCCUCAAGGCCGCCACGGCGGCUGCUCCCAAGGCUGCUGCCGCUGCCCCCUCCACCAACACCGCCGGCAGCACCUCGGCCACUCCCUCCGACACCGACAAGGUCGGCCAGGUCUCCUCCCCAGACGACAGCAAGAAGGAGGCCCCGCUGACGCUGUACCUGACGCAGCAGCCGAGUGUCGGUGCGAAUGACGAGAAGCCGCCCAUCUACCAGCGCGCACUCGACAAGGCGGUCGAGCAGUGGGACAAGCUCGGCGAGAAGCCCAAGGGAUCCUGGAUGCGCUACUUCCACACCAAGGGAGAGUCGCUCAUGGACAAGAUCGAGUUUGAGGAGUGGGCCCUCAAGAACGUCAAGGAGGGCCAGGGAGUCAAGUUUGACAAGGACGGCGUGCCGGAUAAGAAGAUCAAGGAGUUGGGAGCGCUGGCCCGCUCGUUGCCGCUCGUUCCGCUAGCAGCAUCGCUAACGCCAGAUUCCCCUCUACCGACCCACCGUCGCGAGCCUCGGCCUGCCCCCGCUCCUGCCGAAGCUUCACCGUUCCCUCCUCCACCGCAUCCCCUACCACAAGAAGAUGAUGAAGCGGUGUUUGAUCCUGUAAGCUACCUUUCUCUCCCCAUAGCUAACCCCAGUUCGCCCCUGACAUGGCCAUUCGCGAUUAUCCCAAUCAUCCCCAACUUCCCGCUCUUCUACGUCCUCUGGCGCGCCUGGUCGCACUACAGGGCCUGGCGGGGCGCGACGUACCUUGACCAGCUGUUAAAGGCGGGCAUGAUCGUGGAGGAGCCCAGCCCGGAGCUGAACAAGUUCUACGAGGCGACGCCGCGCAUCAUGGCCAAGACGCGCGCAAAGGUCGAGGAGGACCGCAAGGCGCGCGCCGAGAAGGCAAAGGAGGAGAACGCCCACAUCGACCAUGACAAGGAGACGCCGCAGCAGCGCCGCGAGCUCAUCGCCGAGCAGGAACGCAGCGACCGUCCCGAGGUCCAGUACGACGGCAUGAUGCUCACGCAUGCCCAGAUUCCGGACCUGGAGCGGGCAUUUAAGUUGAGUCAUGGCGAUGGAAACGAUAUUGGCCGCGCGGUUGAGCAGGCCGACGAGCGCGCUCGCAAGGCGCUCGAGCAGCUCAAGGUGAAGGCGUAG